AUGAAUUCAGCGGAGGCCCGCCAACGUAAGCCUCCGCCCGCGAAGGAUACGAGUGAGCUUCAAAAGCACUCGACCCAACCACUCGGCGAACCGCGCCUCAAAUAUGGCAUCCCGAUGCAAAUCGCCCGCUCCCUGGCAAUGGCCGCCUGGUUCGACUGUUGCUGCGUCGUCAUCAUGGCCACCCAGCUCGUCGGCGCUCCGUUGUACCUAAUCCACAAGGACUGGUACUACUCGUACAUGGCCUAUACCAAACAGAACUUUGGACUGGUAAUCACCGCUCUGACGGAGUAUGGCUGCCCCACCCUCCUCCGGGUCAGUGGGGACGAGAGUGUUCGGGGUCAACUGCAUUUGUCUGAGGAUGGCAUGCUGCAGGCCCAGUUUCCAGAGCGUCUCGUUCUGAUUGCGAACCACCAGGUUUAUACCGACUGGAUCUAUCUGUGGUGGUUUGCCUAUACCAAUGUCAUGCACGGCCGCAUCUUCAUCAUCUUGAAGGAGUCGCUCAAGUAUAUUCCCGUCAUGGGCCAGGGCAUGAUGUUCUACGGGUUUAUUUUUAUGGCCCGGAAAUGGCAGUCCGACAAACCGCGCCUCCAGCACCGCUUGGAGAAGCUCAAAACGCGGCUUUCGGGCUCCAAGUCGGGCAAGUCGCAGUAUGACCCGAUGUGGCUGCUGAUUUUCCCUGAGGGGACCAAUCUGUCUCUCAAUACCAAGCGGCGGAGCGAUGAAUUCGGUCAGAAGCAGGGCUAUCCGCCUUUGAAGCAUGAGAUCCUGCCUCGUUCAACGGGUCUGUUCUUCUGUCUCCAGCAGCUGCGGGGAACCGUCGACUAUGUGUACGACAGCACGAUUGCGUACGAGGGGCCGCCAACGGGCAGCUACCCGGACAAGUACUUCACUCUCCGCUCCACAUACGUCCGGGGACGGCCACCAACCUCGGUCAACAUGCACUGGAGGCGCUUUGCUGUCGCAGACAUCCCCCUCGACGACCAGAACGAAUUCGAUGAAUGGCUGCGCGCUCGAUGGGCUGAGAAAGACGAGCUUUUGGACCGCUACUUUGAGACGGGGAGAUUCCCCUCCGAGCUGGCCGGCUCCAUUGAGGCCAAGAAGGCCACCGAGGCGCAAACAGUGGCCAUCUCCGCGGGCUAUAUAGAGUCAUAUGUUCGAUUGCACCACUGGAGCGAGAUUAUCCAAAUCUUCAUUGUUCUGCUUGGCCUCGCAUUUCUCUGCCGGGUUCACGAACCUGCGAAGCUCCUCCGAUUGCGCGUUGAUUCCGGCCACCCGCCUUUCAGCCCUGAAGUGAACCGGCGCAAGUCUUCAUUUGCUUCUCCUGUCAACCAAAGGGCUCUCUCACUCGACCAUGAGUUAAGGGAGAGACCUUCUCCACCCACUACUCCUUCAUCCUCCAGUCGCAUCCCGCACCCCCGAGAGCGAGAUACCAUCACACCUCCUCCUUCCCUCGCGCCCCAUCCAGUCCGGUGCGCUGCCACCGCAUCCAUGGCGCCUCUUGAGAAUGGCCACGCCAAUGGCUUGGAUGGCGAGACCAUCGCCGCCAUCCGCUUCUCCGACAUCCCCGACGCAAUCGACAUCCCGGCCUCCAGUUUCGACAGUGAGGUCGAAGUUAGUCUCCUCGAUCUCCCGGAGGACCCGACUGAGCUUUGCACAUUACUGGAGAAUGAGCGGGCUGCGAAGAACUUUUGGGUCAUCAUUGCUCUGGCCUACGCGAAGCGCAAGCAGCUGGACCACGCCAUCGAUAUUUUGAACAAGGGCCUGGUCUCCGUCGCCCACGGCGCUACCAAGGAGAAACUCGGACUGCUGGGCUGGAUCUGCUGGCUGCUCAUGCUGAAGAGCCGACAGGCGCCGCGUGUCGCGCCCGAAGGCGAACUGUACUCCGAAGCCAAGACGAAGGACCACUACCUGCAGCUGGCGACGUCCACGCUGAACGAGGCGUCUCGCCUGAACCCGGCCUACCCGCCUCUUUUCCUGGCGCGCGGUGUCCUGUGCCUUCUGCGAGCAUCGCUAUACCCGCCUCGCGCGGUGCGCCCCGGUGCCGUCGACACAUCGGAGCGGGUGGAAUCGCUGCGGCAGGCUUUGAAAUGCUUCGAGGAGUCCUCCAAGGCCUUUGGUGGCCGCAACAUCAUGGCCAUUCUGGGCCGCGCUCGUGCACUCUAUAUGCUGGGCAGAUAUGCCGACGCCCUGGCUGACUACCAGAAAGUCCUGAUGCAAGUGCCUAACCUGACCGAUCCCGAUCCAAGAAUUGGUCUGGGAUGCUGCUUGUGGCAGCUGGGCUUCAAGGACCAGGCCAAGGCAGCUUGGGAGCGAUCCCUGGCUCUGAACCCCGAUUCCAAGGUCGCCAAUAUUCUCCUCGCAGUUUACUACCUCCACGACAGCUCCCGUCGCUCGACAACCGACCCCAUGUUCGGCUCCUUGUACAAGAUGGCCAUGACCCAAUACACGCAGAAGGCGUUCAAGUUGGAUAAGGAAUACCCGAUGACCUGUGCCCUAUUUGGCGGUUACUUCCUGCUUCGCAAAGCUUAUCCGACGGUGGAAACCCUCGCCCGCAAAGCCAUUGAACAGACAGACGUUAUGCCUAUCGCUAGUGACGGCUGGUAUCUGCUCGGACGCAAGUCACACUACGAGGGCGACACCAGCCGCGCAACAGAGUUCUACAACCGUUCUGACCAAGCUCGCGGUGGCGGCGACAAGGGUUAUUUGCCGGCUAAGUUCGGUGCCGUGCAGAUGCAGGUUACUAACAAAGACUUUGAUGGCGCCAAGUUCCGGCUUGAGAAGAUCGUGCAGCAAUCCAAGAAUGCAGAGACUAUGAUGCUGUUGGGCGCACUCCAUGCGGAGGAAGUCUUCGCCGCGCAGCGAGCUGGCAGCAAGGAAGACAAGUCAAAUGAGGCGAAGAGGGCUAUCACGCUCCUUGAGUCUGUACGCUCGAUGUGGAAGGAUGAGAAACAGAAACUCAUCCCGGACGAAUCGGUGCUGGUAUAUCUGGCUCGGCUUUAUGAGAGCUCGGCGCCGGAGAAGAGCAUGCAGUGCUUGACCCAGCUGGAGGAACUGCAGAUCGCCAGCAUUCCUGCCAGCGAGAGGCCGAAUAUCGAAGAUGAAGAUCAAUUGAAGUCGACUCUGCGCGAGAGUCUGCCACCGCAGCUUCUGAACAAUAUGGGUUGCUUCCUCUACCAGAGUGAAAACAUCGCCUUGGCCCGUGGCAUGUUCCAGUCUGCCCUGAAUGCCUGCGUUCAGUCGUCAGAGAGAGAAGAUGGUACGGAUAACGAUGCCCUGGUUACUACUAUCAGCUAUAACCUGGGUCGAACCUACGAGGCUGCUGACCUGUGGGAUGAGGCCAAGAAGGUCUACGAGGGUCUGCUUGAGCGCCACAGCGAUUACACCGAGGCCAGUGCUCGUCUGACGUACAUUGCCCUGCGUCAGAGUCCCACGGACGAGGGGCCCAAGAAGAUCGCCAAGCUGUACGAGACCGAUUCCACAAAUCUAGAGGUUCGCUCUCUAUUCGGAUGGUACCUCAGCAAGUCCAAAAAGCGCGUGGCCAACCUGGCAGAAGAUCCUGAACAGCGCCACUACAAGCACACCCUGCAAUACCACGACAAGCAUGACCGGUAUGCUUUGACAGGCAUGGGUAACGUGCACCUCCUGGUUGCCCGUGACAUGCGCCGCGACACCGAGCAGGAGAAGGAAAAGCGCCGCAAGGUGUACCAGCGAGCCGUGGAAUUCUUCGACAAGGCGCUGCAGCUGGAUUCCAAGAACGCCUACGCCGCCCAGGGUGUAGCCAUCGCCCUCGUAGACGACAGGAAAGAUCACAGCAGUGCCGUGCACAUCUUGUCUCGCGUCCGCGACGCCAUCAAGGACCCAAGCGUCUACCUCAACCUCGGCCACGUCUACGCUGAGCUACGCCAGUUCUCCCGCUCAAUCGAGCACUACGAAGCCGCGCUCGCCAAAGACCGCUCCCGCGACGUGCAAAUCCUCGCCUGCCUCGGCCGCGUCUGGUGGCUGAAGGGCAAGCAGGAAGCCAACCUGCAAGCCAUGAAAACAGCCCUCGACUACGCCACCCGCGCCCGCGCCGUCUCCCCAGAUGCCCUGCACCUGCAGUUCAACGUCGCCUUCGUGCAGAACCAAAUCGCCUCGCUGGCCUACGGCCUUCAGCCCACGCAGAAGACCCUCCAAGACGUCGAAGAAGCCGCUGAAGGCCUCAAAGAAGCUAUCGACACCUUUGACCGCCUCUCGAAGGAGAAGUCCCCGCCCUACCCCGCGCAGACGCUCGAGCAGCGCGCUAACAUGGGCCGCACUAUCGCUAAGCAGCUGGACCGCGCGCUGCAGAGCCAGAAGGAGUACGAGGACAAGAACGCGACUAAGCUCCGCGAGGCACGUGAGGCGCGCGAGGCGGCUAUCCGCGCCCGCGAGGAACAGGUCCGCAAGGCGCAGGAGGUCGAGGCUGAGCGGAAGCGGAAGAUCGCCGCUGAGCGCGCGCAGAUGGUCGAGGAGGCGCAGCGGCAUGCUGUGCAGCGCGCAGAGGCAGAUCGGGCGCGCGAGGAGGCCGAGUUCACCGAGGGUGACGAUGGGGAAAAGGUGAAGCGGAAGAAGAAGGGCGGGAAGCGCAAGAAGAAGGGUGGCGAUGACUUUAUUGCAGCGGAUGAUGAGGGCGAGGCGGGAGACAGUGAUGCUCCUGAGAGUGAGGGCGAGGCGGCGCCAAAGAAGAGGCGGCGGUUGGAGCGCCGGUCUGGUGGGAAGGCGCAGGGCAAGUUCAAGAGUAGUGAGGUCGUGGUUGACUCGGAUGAUGAGGAGGAUGGUGAUGCACCCGGGACGCCCGGGGAGGAGAAGGAUGACCUUUUUGGUGAGGAUGGAGAUGAGGAGAUGCAGAGUGGAGCGGAGGAUGCUUCGCUGCGGAGACGUGGGAAGGUGUCUCGUCGGAUUGAGGACGAUGAUGACGAGGAGGAGGAGGCGGCGGUGGAUCAGGCUGCUGCUGGCGAGGACAAUGACGACGAGGAUCUCUUCGGCGAUGAUAUGCAAGACGAUUGA